AUGAAUGCUAGAAGAUUGUCCGGUGAGGAAGCGGCGUCAGAAAUCCACGAAGAGAAUUUUCAGGAACCAAUUUGGGCCGAUCCAAGUGGUCCGACAUCAGCACCUGAAUGCCGCGAAGAGCAGUUUCCGUGCACACGGCUGUACUCCGUCCACAAGCCCGUGAAGCAGUGCAUCAGCUAUCUGUGUGUUACCAGCGUCCGUAGAACGUACAUGAUAAACAAGGAGAUCUGUUCUCGUAUUGUCUGCAAAGAGGAUGAAGCUAUGCAGGAGGAACUCUGCCGCCAGAUGGCCGGCCUGCCACCACGCCGCCUACGCCGCUCCGGCCGGCCUCGAGGACCGCUCUGCCGACGGAGUCAGGACCAGCAGCAGAAUGGGAUCGAUGCUCAGUGA